AUGGACUACGAUAUAGAAAAAUUCGUUAAACAAUGCAAAGGUUGCACUUUAGUAUCCACGCCGAAUCCACCAGAACCAAUGAUAAGGCGAGAACUUCCGACUCAACCGUGGGUCGAUGUCGCAGUGGACUUUCUGGGUCCGCUUCCUGAGGGUCAAUAUUUACUGGUUGUUGUUGAUUAUUAUAGUCGCUUUAUGGAAGUCUCAGAAAUGAAGGAAAUAACUGCUUCGGACACUAUAAGGGAGUUGGCAACAAUUUUUGGUCGGUAUGGUCUUCCAAACACAAUGAGAGCAGAUAACGGUCCACAGUUCAAUGAAAAAUGUGAAGAAUUCCGCGAAUUUUGCGAAGAUAGCGGUAUUAUACUCAUUAAUACGAUACCAUACUGGCCUGCAAUGAAUGGAGAGGUUGAACGGCAGAACAGAUCGCUUCUUAAGAGGCUUAGAAUUGCACAGGAACUUGGAAAGGAAUGGAGAACAGAGCUACGAAAAUAUCUUCUAACGUAUCAUUCCACUAGCCACAGCACUACUGGAAAAUCACCUGCUGAGCUUAUGUUCGGGCGCAAGAUUAGGUGCAAGUUACCCGUAAUUCCACCAAUGAUAUUAGAAGAUGGCGAAAUACGCGAUCGCGACAGAAUUUUGAAGGAAAAGGGCAAAGUAUAUGCAGAUAACAGAAGAAAAGCUAGGGAGAGUGACAUCGAUGUAGGCGACCACGUUCUGGCGAAAAGAAUGAAGAAGAACAACAAGCUGGAGGCAGACUUCUCCCCAGAAGAAUUCGAAGUAAUAAGAAAAGUAGGCGGGGACACAACAAUUCGAUCGCGUGAAUCUGGGAAAGAAUAUCGCAGAGUGGUAACUCAUUUGAAAAAGAUUCUGCCACCUGACCCAACCGAUACAUCAAGAAAUACGGAUUGUAAGAAUCAAAGAGAGAAACGUGUGAGAACCGAACCAGUGAAGUACAAGGAUUAUAUACCACAUUAA